UUGUGAUCACAACACCACCAACUUUGUGGAAUCCUUCAACGCGUGUACCAAACCCUUUAGGGAUCUUCCUGUUUUGUCACUUCUUGAAGAAAUAAGGUCUUGGUGCAUGACGAAGAUCGGGGCCAGAUUUGAUAAAGCUGUUGACAUUGGACCCGAUCAAUUGACGCCAUAUGCUACUAAGGAGCUUGAAGAGAGGAGUGCUGACUCGAGGUUCUGUUAUGCAACUAAUGCUGGGGGGGUGAAUUUGAGGUUUUAGAUGGUCAUGUGAAGUUCCCUAUUAGGCUUGCUGCUAGAGUUUGUGGUUGUGGGAAAUGGCAAGGGUGUGGUAUACCUUGCAAGCAUGCUAUUAGGGUAAUAUACCAUCAAAGACUCAAUCCUACAGAUUUUGUUUCUCCUUACUUCAAAGGGGCAGCCUAUAAGCUCACAUACUCAGAGCAUAUUCACCCCAUGCCUGACUCAACACAGUGGCCUACAUUUGAGCUACCUAGGAUUCUUCCCCCACUAAUGAGAAGGGCAGCUGGCAGACCAGCCAAGCAGAGAAGAAGAGGUGCUCAUGAGAAGAAGAGGGGGAAAAGAAACACCACUGUCAAGUGUGGGAAAUGCAAGCAAAUUGGGCAUAACUCAAGAACCUGUAAAGGAGGUUCCACUGCAAAACAGAGGAAAGAAUCUGCUGCAGCUGCUGCUGGUUCUGCUGGUGCAUCAACAUCUGGUGCUAGGAAGAGGAAGGCUCCAACAUCUAAUGCAUCGAGCAGCAAGAAGUCCAAAGCUGCAUAACUAGAAGUAAGCUUAGGAUUCAGUUUAGUAUUUCUGUUUUAAAGCUUAGGUUUAUUUUGAAAAACAACUUAGGUUGUGGCACAUUUUGGCAUUUUUUUGUAAAGCUACCCACAACUUGAUGUUCGGUUUAUUUUGGAAACAAACUAUUUCAGUUACGAGUUCAAAGACUUGCAUAUUAUUGAUAAAUGAAAUUCAUGUGCUCGUGCCAUUACAACCAUCAUUGUUUGUCUUGAUUACUUCUUUACUACAAACAUUAGACAC